GCUUGACUUGAUCUUCGGGCAAGACUUUCUGAAAAGAUUCAACCCCGAGAUCAACUGGGUGAAUCGCACCGCAAGCAUCUACAACAAUGGACGGAGAGUACAGCUACCCAACUGGGACGAUACUGGAGAUAUCCCAGUGGAGACACUCGCACGAUUCGAGAAAGACGUGAAGCGGACCGACACCGGGUUCCUGGCGAUAGCAACAGAAGUGGAGAAUGACGGAGAGAAAGCCACGGAAACUCCAGAAAAAAUCAAGGAAUUACUGAAGGAGUUCCAAGACAUUCUUCCCGACGAUCUUCCGAACGAGCUACCGCCAUACCGAACGCAUCAACACGAGAUCGUGGAGGAACCGGGUUCGAAGCCAACCUUCCGAGCACCAUAUCGGCUCAGCCCUACGGAGCUGACCGACAUGAAAAAACAGAUCGAGUAUCUCCUAGCCAAAGGACUCAUCCGGCCAUCCACUUCGCCGUACGGUGCCCCAGUACUCUUCACACCGAAACCGGACGGAAGCCUGCGCAUGUGCAUCGACUACAGAGCUCUUAACAAGCAGACCAUCAAGAAUAAAUAUCCGAUACCGCGAAUCGAUGACCUGCUUGACCAGCUUCGGGGAGCUAUGGUAUUUUCCAAACUGGAUCUUCGUUCCGGAUACUGGCAGAUACGGAUGGCGGACAACUCUAUCCACAAAACUGCUUUCCGAACUCGGUACGGAUCGUACGAGUAUUUGGUCAUGCCAUUCGGACUCACCAACGCGCCGGCAACGUUCCAAGCCGAAAUGAACCACAUUCUACGACCACUUCUGGACGAAUGCGUGGUGGUGUACCUGGACGACAUACUCAUCUACUCGCGCGACAUGAAGCAGCACGUCGAACACCUGCGACGCGUCUUCGAAAUUCUUCGACGGGAACGAUUCUACGUCAAACUGUCCAAGAGCGAAUUCGCCCUUGAAAAGGUCCAAUUCCUAGGACACAUGGUGAGCGCUCAAGGAGUUCACGUCGACCCCAAGAAAGUCGAAGCCGUACGUACGUGGAAGACACCCGAGAACGUGAAGGAGUUGCAGCAGUUCCUAGGCUUCGCUAAUUACUACAACAGGUUCGUGCCACAGUAUGCGAAACUCGCGGCACCACUCACGAAUCUGCUGAAGAAGAACACGCCCUACAAAUGGGAGACGAAGCACCAGGAAGCCGUGGAGCAACUGAAACAAGCAGUGACAUCCGCACCGGUACUCAUCUUGCCAGAUCCCGAACGCGACUACGUAAUCGAAGCUGACGCCAGCGACCAGGCAGUGGGUGCAGUCUUAAUGCAAGACCAAGGGAAUGGACUGCAACCAAUUGCCUACCUCAGCAAGAAACUGCACGGGGCAGAACUCAACUACCCGAUACACGACAAAGAGGCUCUUGCUAUCAUCAUCGCCUUCAAAGCGUGGAGAUGCUAUCUCGAAGGACGAAGAACAACCGUCUACACCGACCACUGCAGCCUGAAAUAUUUGAAGACACAACCCAACCUUUCCAGGCGGCAGGUCCGGUGGAUCGACUUCCUCGAGACACACUUCCACUACGACAUCGUGUACAAGCCCGGCCACAAGAACAAAGCAGACGCUCUCAGCCGGCCUGCACACGUUGCCGCGAUUCAGGUCGAAGGGAUGAAUCCACUACUCAAGGGACUCUUCACCCACGGGUACGCCAUCGACCCCGAAAUUUCCUUGGCAGAAAAGCGACAUCUGCUACAGUGGGACAGUGACAUCGCGUACCGGAAAGGAUCACCGAAAAUCUGGGUACCCAAUUACCCUCCUUUGCGCCAGCUACUACUCGAAGAAUACCACGACGUCCUCUACGCCGGACACUUCGGUAGCAACAAGACGCUCACCGGUAUCGCCAAACACUACUACUGGCCCCAUAUGGCAGACGAUGUCCAGAAAUUCGUCACCUCGUGUGAUACAUGUCAGCGGAUGAAGAGCAGCAAGCAGAAAAAGGCGGGACUACUGCAGCCUCUUCCUGUCCCAGAACAGCCAUGGCAAGUGGUCAGCCUCGACUUCAUCACCGGGUUACCACCUACCUCCAGCAGUCAUGACGCCAUCCUUGUCGUCAUUCACAAGUUCUCCAAAAUGGGACACUUCAUCCCGACACACACGACGGCACGCACCGAGGAGACAGCACAGCUCUUCGUUCGUCACAUCAUCUCACAGCAUGGCAUCCCAACCACACUCAUUUCCGACCGAGACCCCAAGUUCACCAGCAAGUUCUGGAAGGAACUUAUGUCUCUUCUCGGGACCAAACUCGCCAUGUCAUCCGCAUACCAUCCGCAGACAGACGGACAGACCGAGCGCCUCAACCAAAUUGUCACUCCUGUUACCUUCCGCUUACGCCUGCCAGCUACCUGGAAGAUUCACAACACCUUCCACGUCCAACUUCUGAAGCCCUAUCGGGACCCGAACACAAUUUUCGUCGGACGCCAACCGCCGCCGCCACCGCCCGUCCUCGUCCAGAAUGAACCCGAGUACGAGGUCGAGUCCGUGCUCGCACACCGCCGUUGUCGGAAUGGCACUGUGGAGCUUCUCAUCCGUUGGAAGGGUUAUGAUCCUUCUGAGGACAGCUGGGUACCUGAAUCCGACAUGGGUAACGCCCGUCGUCCUCUGCAUGACUACCUUGGGUGAUUAAUAAAGGUAUGGUUCAUUA